CGUAGAGUCGUUUCCGGAGACAUUUCAGUGCUGAUGAAGCGGACAUAAGAGAAUAAAUGAAUUAAAGUAUUUAGUUCGAGCGAUAAAGGAACAGCAAUUCUCGUACCAGUGCAUACAAUAUUUUGUUUGAAACAGUGUUUUGGAUCAACACUGCGUUACGAAAUGAUCCCAACGACACGUUUGCUAGCGUAGCCAUGUCCUCAAUAGCCGCUGCAAAGCCGUGUUGUAGCUAGUUAACGUUGCGAGAGGGACCAAAGCUAACGUAACUCGCUAGCUAGUUUUCUGUUUACGUUGACUUUUCCGUUACAUCCCACGUCUCUGCAGUAGCAUUAUGGUGUGCUGUGUCAAUUGGCUUUUUUUUGUAGCUAGCUAGUUUACUAUACAUAGCCAAGUAGAUAGCUAACGUUGGCUAGUUUAAAUAACUUUUGAAACCUAAUUACUCCCGAGUUCGGCUAACUAGCUAAUGUUAGCUUCUAACUCACGACAUUGUUCAACACAAAGACCGCUGCGAAACCCAACUAUCAACGCAAGGGUUUCGUUUGUACUACGUUAACUAGACAAUCUUGCUAGUUAACGUUAUCUGGAAUACGAUGGCUUCUUCGUCGGGAAACGAUGACGACCUCACCAUUCCCAGGGCAGCUAUCAACAAAAUGAUCAAAGAAACUUUGCCCAACGUACGGGUUGCCAACGAUGCGAGGGAACUUGUUGUGAACUGUUGCACAGAGUUCAUACAUCUAAUUUCAUCAGAGGCGAAUGAAAUAUGUAACAAGUCUGAAAAGAAGACUAUAUCUCCUGAACAUGUCAUUAAUGGUUAGUGAUUCUUGUCUUUAUCUAUUCUGUAACGUUACCAACAGGUUUCAAAAUGCAUUCUUGUACAGUGUGGGUGUUUCCCUUUCUUGCCAUGUGUUUUGAAGUUGAUGUCUUAGUUAGGUAUGUACUAGCCUGUUCCCAGAUCAUUUUGUUCUGUCUUACCAGCACAAACCAAUCAGAUCUGGACCCAGGCUAGCUGAGCACUAUUUGGUCCUCAAUAAUCAAGUGACAAGAUAGUUUAUUCAUUUUCAGUUUUUUCCCCCCUAACCUUGUAUUCAUUAUUUUCCACAGCACUUGAAAGCCUGGGUUUUGCAUCAUACAUCACAGAAGUGAAGGAUGUCUUGCAGGAAUGUAAAACAGUAGCACUUAAGAGGAGAAAGGCCAGCUCUCGCCUGGAGAACCUGGGUAUCCCAGAGGAAGAGCUCCUUCGACAACAACAGGAACUCUUUGCUAAGGUAAGGUUCAAGAUUGUAGCCUGUGCUAGUCUGUCAUGCCACAAUAGAGUUGGCAAAAACACAAACCGAUCUGGGACUAGGCUGUUGGCACAAACCGAUCUGGGACCAGGCUAUCCAGACACAGUAUUAAGAUCAAGACUGAUAACCUGUGUUAGGAGGAUCAAGAGGCCUAAUACGAAUCAGGACAUUUGCUGCUGCAUCUCUGGCUCUACACGUUAACACACAGAUCACCUGGUUAGUGUACAUACAUUACAUUGCCUGAUGAUCUCAUCUCUGAUUAAUACCCUUCACACAUGAACAUGUAAAUGUAACUCAGUUGGUAGAGCAUGGUGCUUGCAACGCCAGGGUUGUGGGUUUGUUUCCCACGGGGGGCCAGUAUGAAAAAAGUAUGAAAAUGUAUGCACUCACUAACUGUAAGUCGCUCUGGAUAAGAGCGUCUGCUAAUUGACUUAAAUGUAAAAAUGUAAAUUCCCAACACACGUUUCUACAGGAGAGACGGUACGAAAAUGAGAGCCUGGACCCGGAAGUGAGCCCCGGUCUCCAGUGGGGGACAGUAUAUGUGUAGAGUUGUCAUGUUACCCACUCAGGCACACACCCUGUAUCUCUAACCCUGACUAACCUUUGUUAAUUGUGUUCCAGGCGCGGCAGCAGCAAGCAGAGCUAGCCCAACAGGAGUGGCUCCAGAUGCAGCAGGCUGCCCAGCAGGCCCAGUUGGCUGCAGCAUCCGCCAGUGCUGGACAGCAGGCUGGCUCCUCCCAGGACGAGGAUGACGAGGAUGACAUGUGAUGAUGAAGAUGACACCUUGGACUGGGAUUUGAGCAACAACAAGAAGGCAGGGUCUUCAUUAGGGCACACCAUAGCAAA